CGUCCAGAGACCCUGCACCCCUGUUUCGCUGAAGGGUGGUUGAGAGGCUUGCUGGAAGAGGGGUUUCUGCGAGAGAGGGACUCCGCCGCCGUGCAGUGAUGUCACAGAACACUAAGAAUCAGAAUGUGGGCCCCGCGGCCCAGCCUGCGCGGAGCCAGGCUCUGAACGGGGGAGUGAAGCUGGAGCAGAGAGAGGGGCCUCCUCGAGGACCACAGCCUGCAGAGCGAUCCGCAGGGAGUGCAGACGAGCCAGUGAAGAAGCGCGGCUGGCCGAAGGGGAAGAAGAGGAAGAAGGUUUUGCCGAACGGGCCGAAGGCUCCGGUGACGGGGUACGUGCGCUUCCUGAACGAGAGGCGGGAGCAGAUCCGCAGCCAGCACCCCGAGCUGCCCUUCCCAGAGAUCACCAAGAGACUGGGGGCCGAGUGGAGCCGGCUGGACGUGUCCGACAAGCAGCGCUUCCUGGAUGAGGCUGAGAAGGAGAAGCAGCAGUACAUGAGGGAGCUGAAGGAGUACCAGCAGAGCGAGGCCUUCCGUCUGAGCAGCGACCAGAUCCAGGACAAGAAGAUCAAGAAAGAGGAGCCGCCCUCUGUGAUCAUCAACGCUGCUGGAACCGGGCUGGGGAUCAAGAGUGGUGACCUGUCGGACCGCUUCUCAAAGUUCGAUGUUCCCAUCUUCACUGAGGAGUUCCUGGACCAGAACAAAGCUCGCGAGUCGGAGCUCCGCAGGCUGCGCAAGGCGAACGUGGAGUUCGAGGAGCAGAACUCUGUGCUGCAGAAGCACAUCGAGGACAUGCACAGCGCCAAAGAGAGGCUGGAGGCGGAGCUGGCACAGGACGAGCGGGAGACACAGGUCCUGCAGAAACACCUGGGGGCCAUUCGACAGGCCCUGAGCAGCAGCCUCUCAGGGGACUGCCAGUAUAAUAAAACCACACAAGAGUCUUUGCAAAGUCUUUAG